CCAUAGUUCCUACUUAAUUGAUGGCUGAUGCGUCUGCCGCUUACAUUGGACGUUUGCACAUUUGCCAUUUGCCACAAUUGUACUGUACCUACUCUAUAGAAUUUUCUUAUAGCGGUAUUGCACAACAUUUCAAUCGGCUCUUUUUGUUUAUCUACAUAUUUCUAUUAAUUUUUGUAUCGUUCCAUUUAGUGAGUUUUUAGUAACGAAGAAUACGUUGAAAACGUUGUCCAUCAAUACAAUUUAAGUUCAUGUGUGGUAGGAGACGCAUAACUGAAUUUAGUGAGACUGCACCAUGUCAAGAAGCAAGAGCCGUAGCCGCUCUAAGAGCAGAAGUCGCAGCCGUUCGCGCAGCCAUAGGACAUCACGCAGCUAUUCUAGAAGCCGUUCGGGGUCAAGUCGCAGCCGCAGUCGCAGCAGGAGCAAGACACCAGUCGAUAAACACAGGCUCCAUGUCAGAGACAUUGGAAGCAGCAUAACGAGACGUGAUAUUGAAAAAGAGUUUGAACGAUAUGGUACAUUACUAGAAGUAUGGAUGUCAAGAACUAGACCAAGUUUUGCUUUUGUUGUGUACAAAAGAGAUAAAGAUGCAGCUGAAGCACAGAAACGUACUAAUGGAAUGGAAUUGUAUGGAAGCUUCUUAACUGUUAGUUUUGCAAAAACACGUGGACUCAGUCGUAGGUCAUCAAGAACAACAGUUAUCGCGAUUCACUUAGAUGCUACUCUUGCAAUCGUGUAGGACACUUCUCACGUUCCUGUAAAGAAGUCAACUAUGGUUACAGACGUUAAGGUGCUGCUGACUGGACAUCACCUACGAAAAGGAUAAUUUGUUUUUAAUAUUGAAUAAUAUUCUCACAUCAGUUUUGAACGAUAGUAGUUUAUAUUUUUAUUUUCAUGAGCCAGAACUUAUAUAUUGGUUAUUAUGUAUCACUUAAUUGAUUUUGUUUGCUUAUUUCAACCUGGAUUUUUUUUAAAUAUUAUUACACCUACUUAAAUGGAUUCAAUUUGUAGGUAUGUUAUCGAAAUAAAUCUUUUUUUUUAUA